CGGGAACGGAUCAAUACACUGACUAUGGUCAAUGUACCAACGUCUGUCCAUGAACCUCAUAACAAAGACCAGACCACUGCCUGUCGUGGAGUUCCUCACGACACAGCCAACCGUCUUGUCCAUCAGUGUUGGAUCAACCUACCACUGUAUUAACCGUGUCGCAAUUUCUCAUCAGUUGGUCUGAAUGAACGUUCAGUUCUUGUUGCCACUGCCUUGAGGUUGGGGGAGAGUUUUAGAUUUGAGCUUGUAUUUGCAUCAUACGUCUUCGUUAGUUGCAUCUGUGUGUCUGAAGCAAAAGCCUUGUGGACGUAAUGUGUCCAGGAUUGCCGAUCACAUGACUGUGUACCUCGCGAGGACAGGGAGCUUAUCCAGCGUGUUGGGAUUACCACAGUCGUGCAGACAAUCUCUAGUCUUUAUGAGGUGAGUGAUGAUGGGCCUUAACCACGUAAUGCCAACAGGAUGAUCCCGCCUGUGUUCCUGGAUGCAGUCUACAUUAUGGGAGUUCUCAGUCUCGCUGUUCUAGGAGAAGAAAAUGAGAAGUGUGAAUACUCUUUCUCCUAUAAGCAUUCACAGUCAGGGAAGUUUGCAUCCCCAAAGUUCCCGGAGGAGUAUCCCGAGCUGAUCAAAUGUAAAUACAAGUUUGAAGCUGCAACAGAUGGACGGAUUCAGCUGGAAUUUGACUAUUUUGAUCUGGAAGACAUGGCAAAAGAUGAUACAUCAUGCCGGUUCGACUACAUCGAUGUGUUUAACGUUGAUGAGAUGGGAUAUAUGUCUCUUGUAGACCGAUACUGUGGUUCCAAAAACCCAGAACCAAUCACGUCAGCUCAGUCCACCAUUGAGAUUAUAUUUGUAUCGGACUAUACAAAAACAGCAAAAGGAUUUAUGGGACAUUAUAAAUUUCUGGAUGAUAAUUGGUACCCCUUUGGUCCGAACACAGUGAGUCUGACCGGCUAUGGGGGUAUUAUCGCCUCCCCCCAGUUCCCGGGCCCCUACCCCGGAGUCACGGAAAACACCUGGCAGAUCAAGGUCAAGGAAGGGCAGCUGGUGCUGGUCCAUCUGAUGGCCAUGGACAUGGGACCCACAUCUCAGUGUUCUGACCCUCAGUUGCUGAUCUACAAUGGUUUUGCCACUAAGGAUAUGCUGCCUGUGAAGAUCCUGUGUGGCCAGCUGGCUGCUUAUGACAAGGGCAUGAGCAAGUACUUAUCCACCGCAUCGAAAAUUGUUAUACGGUUUGUGUCAGUGACUGGCAAUACUUUUGGAAGCACUGGAUUCAAACUGAGCUGGUCAGCAGUGAGGAUACCUGGAAACGCAGGAAACUGUGACGAGUUUCUGUGUGAAGGAGGGAAGUCCUGCAUUUCCACGAUAUGCCCCUCCAUGCCCCGCUACUGCAUCAACAAGUCCCUGCGAUGCGAUCGCAUCCCCAACUGUGGGCCCUUUGACGACAGUGAUGAGAGGAGAUGUCCCCGAGAAAUCUUGAUAAUGACCGCUUGCAUAGCUCUGCCCAGUCUCGGUGUCAUUGGACUGGUCAUUCUAGUUGUAUACUGCUAUCGGUCAAAGCAUGUCACAAAGUCGUUGUCACAGGAACAGCCAUUAGCCAAUCAGAGACAGGUAUCUCGCGACUCCAUGAGUCCGUCACGGAGUCAGUGUAUGAUGCAUACAAGUUUCAUCGAUGGCAAAAUGGGUGGUGAGGGUGAUGGGGGACACAUGGACAAGAUGGACAACGGCGCUGUACCUCCCCCCGAACCUAGUUUUAAGACCCAUCAAAAACGUGCCUCUUAUCACAUGAUGAAACAGACGUUUGAAGACAAUAAUUUUGUCAUUGCAGAAAUUUAACUCAUCGUUUCAUUUAAGAUUUAGUGUUAAACAUCACUAUUGUAAUCCCUAAGGAAUGAGAUGCCUGUUCAGCUGCUGAAUGAUGAAUGAUGGGCAAGAGAUCAAAUAUGAAGUCCCAUCUUGAUGAUGAAUGACAGCAUUCAGUGUUCGAAAUGCAGAGGAUGAAUCAGUGAACAUGAUCUGUUUGCUAAAUAACAAGAAUCCCCAUUGCCAUGAUGAAUCCUGGAGACAUAAAAGUGUCUGUAAUGAUGUCUGCAGCAUCAGUGAGCUUAUGGAAGAGACUACACAGUGUCCCAAGGAAGUAGUUCUUAAGUCCGAAAGGAUACACUAUUCAUCACAGACAAUACGGAUCCAAAGAAGUCCGGUAUUGAUAGUAUGAUAAUUCUUCUUUGAUGGAUAUCCGGAUGCUCAUGACAGAGCACAACUAGUAAUGAUAAGACAAUAUGGUAGUUCCAUCUCAUUGAGGGCUAUAGUGAUGCUACUAAUGUGUCUACUACACUAUUGAUAAGACAUUAGCCUCCACACAUACUUACUGGGGACAAAUGAAUGAGAUGUGUCGUACACUGGGGAACAUAUUAACAUGUCAUGUUCACCAUGAACAUGUGACAUUGUUAUAUUUCAGUAUUACCUUUGACAACCAAAUGACAAGAAUGUUAUUGCAGUAAUUAAUGUUAUGAAUUUGGUUAGAUAUCUGAAAGACUAUUUGUGACAGUCAUUGAAACAGCUCGACAGCUUAUAUAUCAAGACCAGUGCAUUUGAAGGAUACAUAAAUGCUUGCAAUAUGCAAGGCAUUAUCAUUGUCGUUUGAUGAUGAUGAUGUGUUGUUUCAAUUCAGUACCAUACACACUUAACCAAAUGUGAGUCUGAGAACUGGUGUUUGAUCUCUAUUCAGGUCAGUAUUCAAAUGUUACACAGUAUUGAUAGUGUUACCAUGCAGUAGGGAUACUUAUGCAAGGUUCAAGACGAACACACUGAACAUGGUUGUGCAAUGUGAAUGACUUUUCUACCAUUGUAUUCAUUGCUGACACAUGGACAAUGAUUUGUGGAUGCUAAAGCAUCAUGCAUAAUACAUUACUCUGGAAACAAGGAGCUGAAUUGGAAGUUUUUCUGUACCAUUUAUGUAUUUAUUGAUGUUAAACAUUGUUUUCAGCAAGUAUCUAGCCAUUUGUUAGAUUUGAUUCGUUCAGUCAGCUAGAACCCCAGAUUGAAUAUUAGGUGUGCAGGAUUAGCUACUCCUCAGUUCAGUCUGUUUUGAAGCAGCUGUAUUUAAUUAUGUAGCCUGAUGAAGUCAUAUCAUUCCUUCUUUGAUCAACAGCAUAUGGCCUGAUGAAGUCAUAUCAUUCCUUCUUUGAUCAACAGCAUAUGGCCUGAUGAAGUCAUAUCAUUCCUUCUUUGAUCAACAGCAUAUGGCCUGAUGAAGUCAUCUCAUUCCUUCUUUGAUCAACAGCAUAUGGCCUGAUGAAGACAUGUCAUACAUUCUUUGAUCAACAGCAUAUGGCCUGAUGAAGACAUGUCAUACCUUCUUUGAUCAACAGCAUAUGGCCUGAUGAAGACAUGUCAUACCUUCUUUGAUCAACAGCAUAUGGCCUGAUGAAGACAUGUCUCACCUUCUUUGAUCAACAGCAUAUGGCCUGAUGAAGACAUGUCUCACCUUCUUUGAUCAACAGCAUAUGGCCUGAUGAAGACAUGUCUCACCUUCUUUGAUCAACAGCAUAUGGCCUGAUGAAGACAUGUCAUACCUUCUUUGAUCAACAGCAUAUGGCCUGAUGAAGACAUGUCUCACCUUCUUUGAUCAACAGCAUAUGGCCUGAUGAAGACAUGUCUCACCUUCUUUGAUCAACAGCAUAUGGCCUGAUGAAGACAUGUCUCACCUUCUUUGAUCAACAGCAUAUGGCCUGAUAAAGACAUGUCAUACAUUCUUUGAUCAACAGCAUAUGGCCUGAUGAAGACAUGUCUCACCUUCUUUGAUCAACAGCAUAUGGCCUGAUGAAGACAUGUCUCACCUUCUUUGAUCAACAGCAUAUGGCCUGAUGAAGACAUGUCUCACCUUCUUUGAUCAACAGCAUAUGGCCUGAUGAAGACAUGUCUCACCUUCUUUGAUCAACAGCAUAUGGCCUGAUAAAGACAUGUCUCACCUUCUUUGAUCAACAGCAUAUGGCCUGAUGAAGACAUGUCUCACCUUCUUUGAUCAACAGCAUAUGGCCUGAUGAAGACAUGUCUCACCUUCUUUGAUCAACAGCAUAUGGCCUGAUGAAGACAUGUCUCACCUUCUUUGAUCAACAGCAUAUGGCCUGAUAAAGACAUGUCUCACCUUCUUUGAUCAACAGCAUAUGGCCUGAUGAAGACAUGUCAUACCUUCUUUGAUCAACAGCAUAUGGCCUGAUGAAGACAUGUCAUACAUUCUUUGAUCAACAGCAUAUGGCCUGAUGAAGUCAUAUCAUUCCUUCUUUGAUCAACAGCAUAUGGCCUGAUGAAGUCUUAUCAUUCCUUCUUUGAUCAACAGCAUAUGGCCUGAUGAAGUCAUAUCAUUCCUUCUUUGAUCAACAGCAUAUGGCCUGAUGAAGUCAUAUCAUUCCUUCUUUGAUCAACAGCAUAUGGCCUGAUGAAGUCAUAUCAUUCCUUCUUUGAUCAACAGCAUAUGGCCUGAUGAAGUCAUAUCAUUCCUUCUUUGAUCAACAGCAUAUGGCCUGAUGAAGUCAUCUCAUUCCUUCUUUGAUCAACAGCAUAUGGCCUGAUGAAGACAUGUCAUACCAUGUUUGAUCAACAGCAUAUGGCCUGAUGAAGACAUGUCUCACCUUCUUUGAUCAACAGCAUAUGGCCUGAUGAAGACAUGUCUCACCUUCUUUGAUCAACAGCAUAUGGCCCAAUGAAGACAUGUCAUACCUUCUUUGAUCAACAGCAUAUGGCCUGAUGAAGACAUGUCUCACCUUCUUUGAUCAACAGCAUAUGGCCUGAUAAAGACAUGUCUCACCUUCUUUGAUCAACAGCAUAUGGCCCGAUGAAGACAUGUCUCACCUUCUUUGAUCAACAGCAUAUGGCCCGAUGAAGACAUGUCAUACAUUCUUUGAUCAACAGCAUAUGGCCUGAUGAAGACAUGUCUCACCUUCUUUGAUCAACAGCAUAUGGCCUGAUGAAGACAUGUCAUACAUUCUUUGAUCAACAGCAUAUGGCCCGAUGAAGACAUGUCAUACCUUCUUUGAUCAACAGCAUAUGGCCUGAUGAAGACAUGUCUCACCUUCUUUGAUCAACAGCAUAUGGCCUGAUAAAGACAUGUCUCACCUUCUUUGAUCAACAGCAUAUGGCCCGAUGAAGACAUGUCUCACCUUCUUUGAUCAACAGCAUAUGGCCCGAUGAAGACAUGUCAUACAUUCUUUGAUCAACAGCAUAUGGCCUGAUGAAGACAUGUCUCACCUUCUUUGAUCAACAGCAUAUGGCCUGAUGAAGACAUGUCUCACCUUCUUUGAUCAACAGCAUAUGGCCCGAUGAAGACAUGUCAUACAUUCUUUGAUCAACAGCAUAUGGCCUGAUGAAGACAUGUCUCACCUUCUUUGAUCAACAGCAUAUGGCCUGAUAAAGACAUGUCAUACAUUCUUUGAUCAACAGCAUAUGGCCUGAUGAAGACAUGUCUCACCUUCUUUGAUCAACAGCAUAUGGCCUGAUGAAGACAUGUCAUACCUUCUUUGAUCAACAGCAUAUGGCCUGAUGAAGACAUGUCAUACCUUCUUUGAUCAACAGCAUAUGGCCUGAUAAAGACAUGUCAUACCUUCUUUGAUCAACAGCAUAUGGCCUGAUGAAGACAUGUCAUACCUUCUUUGAUCAACAGCAUAUGGCCUGAUAAAGACAUGUCAUACAUUCUUUGAUCAACAGCAUAUGGCCUGAUGAAGACAUGUCAUACCAUGUUUGAUCAACAGCAUAUGGCCUGAUGAAGACAUGUCUCACCUUCUUUGAUCAACAGCAUAUGGCCUGAUGAAGACAUGUCAUACCUUCUUUGACCAAAUGCAUAUUGCCUAAUGGAGUCUUGGCAUACCAUGUUUGAUCAACAGUAUUUGACCUAAUGGAGCCAUGCCAUACCUUCUUUGAUCAAAGGCAUAUUGCUCAAUGAAGUCAUGACAUACCAUAUUUGAUCAAUGGCAUAUCCACUAAUGGAGUUAUGUCAUACCUUCUUUGAUCAAAGGCAUAUUGCUUGAUGAUGUCAAGUCAUACCAAUCCAGUCCAAAAGCAUAUGUUUGAAGUUAAGUCAUACUAUCUUUGAUCAAAGGCAUAUAGCUUUGAUGAAAUCAUGUCAUACCAUCUUUGAUCAAAGGCAUAUUGCUUAAAGUCAAGUCAUACAAUCUUUGAUCAACAGCAUAUGGUCUAAUGGAUUCAUGUUAUAUCAUCUUUGAUGCACAGAGUAUGGCCUAAUGGAGUAAUGUCAUACCUUCUUUGAUCAAAGGCAUAUUGCUUAAUGAAGUCAUGUCAUACCAUCUUUGAUCAACAGCAGAGCUAUUAAGCAGACUCAUUAUUCACUGGAUGACUUUCAGUAGUGUAUACAUUUUGUAAUUGUUUAAAGUUAAUGCUUGCUCUCUGAACAAAUUUGUGUUAAUUGGUAUAAUAUAUGAUUAUUUAACAUGCUAACCCAAUAACUUGAUACAUUGUUGCUUCUUUUUGUAAAGGUCACU